GGCGAGGUAAACUGGGGAUAAUCAGUCACAAUGAAAAUUCCAAACACAUUUCAGCGAUAGCUCUUGAAGGAAACAACCGCCCGAGUGCCAUUUGUCAACGUUGAAGAACAUCAACUGAUACGAAGUUCGAAUUCGGCCCUAGCAUCAGGUAUCAGCUCUUCUCUCUACCAAGUUCACCCUGCCUGGUGUUCUAGUCACAGCUAGACGUUACUUCUAACAUGCAGUUUAAUGCAAACCUGGCGAAAUAUUACGUAUUCGUGUUCUUGGUGUUGAUGUGUGAGAAAUGUGCACGUGGGGACAGAAACCAAUGCAAAUCUCAAGAGAAUGGAGAUUGUAAAGGCUUGGAGAAAAUAAAUCUUUUACUGGUGGGUAAAACAGGAGCUGGCAAAAGUACAACAGGAAACACCAUACUACGACAAACAGUUUUCAAGACAAGUUCCAGUGCAACGUCGGCAACAAAAGAAAUUCAGUCCGGAUCUUCAGAGUAUAAAGGUUAUGUUUUCAAGGUUGUUGACACCCCAGGUGUUUUUGAUACGGAGAUGUCUCAGGAAGAAUUAGGUGAAAUUCUGGUCACUUCGAUGUCGGCUAGUCCUGAAGGAUAUCAUGCACUGCUACUGGUUGUGCCAUUUGGUCACAGGUUUACUAAGGAGGAUGAGGGCACUGUUGAAACACUCAAAGAUAUUUACGGAGAAGAAACUGUAGAAAAAAAUAUAAUUUUAGUUGUUACUCGUGGGGAUUCCUUUAACCCUAAAGACGAAGGAGUAUCAGACUUCAAUGAAUGGUGCGUAAAACAGACAGGAAGUUUUCGUCGUCUGCUGCGAGAAUGUAGCAGACGUGUUGUUUUGUUUGAUAAUAAGACAAAAGACAAGAAAGUAAUUGACAGGCAGAUAGAUGAGUUGAUCGGGCUCGUCCAUCAGAUCAAAAAAUCCUAUAGCAAAGAUGAUUUUAAGAAAUAUAAUUUAAGAUCCAAAUCUUUCAAGGCAAUGAAAAAUGUCUAUGAAGAUUUUAAAAGUAUUGGACAAAACUACGAUUCAAACCAAUUACCAAAGCUGGAACAUCUUAAAGAAGAGGCCCAAACGCUGGAAGAUAUUUUGGUAGAAAAUAUUGAAACUGACAUCGAAUUGGCAGAGCUACUUAAAAAAUGUAAACAAUUAAUAAAAUACAUAAGUCAUGCAAUAGAAUCAGCUAAAGAAAAUACACCAAGCAACACAGGGCUUGUAGUGCCAUUCAUCGGAUACGUCUGGGAUCUUGUCAAAAGUCUUUUCAAAUACUUUUUUGGUUAAAUGUAUACUCAUCAUGGCUGGGAACAGUUAUUGUGCGUAAAUUAAAAUUAAAUUUAAAAAUU